AUGGACUGGAGAAAGUUAUUUGGUUGUUCUACUGGCCACGAUCUUGAAUACUAUCCACCAAAGUCUCUCAAAGGAAAACUAACCGUCAUCCCACCUCCGGAGAUCUUAGAAGCUGGUAUUUCUGAGUGGAAUCUAUCUCUAGUGGGACAGUUCCUCGGGACUUCUCCUAGCUUUGCAUCAAUCCAAAGGAUCGCCAAUAAAUCUGCUUUGAAUUGGGUGAUUGAAAACAGUCCUUGGCACAUUCAUAAUAAUCCCCUAAUUCUUAGGAAAUGGGAACCAAACCUUAAAUCCCUAAGCUUUAAUCUGUCUAAAAUUCCAGUUUGGAUUCUUCUGUUCAAUGUCCCACUUGAGCUUUUUUCUAGAGCUGGCCUUAGCUAUGUUGACAGUGCCAUAGGCGUUCCUGUAUCUAUGGACACCAUAACUGCGUCCAAAUCUAGAUUGGAGUUUGCUAAAGUAUGUGUUGAAAUUGGGGCUAAUGAUACAAUUCCUAGGUAUGUAGAUGUUGUGCUUAAAGAUGGUAAAACUACAUCGAUUUUAGUUGAGGUUCCUUGGCUCCCACAAGCAUCCCCUAUAGUUGAAGGAAUUAAAGCUUUACAGGAUCCUGUUAACACUAACACUGAACCUUUGACUUCUGUUGAUACUCUUAUUGACACAACUGGUACAAAUUCUUCUCUUCAAAUAGGGGUAAUUACUGAUCCUAAUGUAAUAGUAGCCCAGGAAAUUUUAACUAGUUCUGAUCCCAACAGUUCUGUUGCUACUGUCCUUAAUGUCAUAACAGCUCAGAAUGAAAAAAACAUGCUCUGUUCUAAACCUACGGUUGUAAAUUCCCAUAAUACUAUUCAGUCUCAUGGAGUUAAAGUUUUAAAUCCCUCUCAAUAUCUCAAUUUAAAUAGUUAUAAAAUUGAGACAUUAACUGUUAAAACCGACAAUGACUGCACUUCUUUUGUUUCUAAUGCCUCUGAUGCUGCCAAAUCUCAAACUGAAAUUUUUGAAAUUUUAGAAGAGGAUUCUACUCAACCAGCCUCUAUUAAAAAGGGUAGAGGUAGACCCCAAAGAAUCUGGCUGCUUUGGAGGAAAGGUCUUGAUUUCAAUGUCAUUUUUGUUUCGGAUCAAACUAUCAUCGUUAAGGGCUUAUACAAUGGUUCCCCUUUUUUCCUUUCUGCUAUUUAUGUUGGAGGUGAUUUUAACACUUUUUUGCACUCUCAUGAAAGUUCUGACCAUGAUUUUCUUGACCAUUACCUCACCGCUGACAUGAAAGACUUUCAAGAUCUUAUUCAUGAGUUAGAUCUUCUUGAUCACCCUUUUUUUGGUCAUUCUUUCACUUGGAAUAACAAGCAUACUGAUCAUUUUCUUACUAGGAAGCUUGAUAGGGUUCUUAUAAAUCCUUACUGUCUAUUUCUUUUCCUCUUUCUUUUGUGGAAUUCCUUGCUCCUGCUUAAAAGGCUUAAAUCUACUCUCAAAGAGUUUAACAAUGAAAACUUCAAUAAUCUUCCUUCUCAAGUGAAAACUAAAAGAGCUGAGUUGGAUUUGCAACAACUCCGUACCUUAAAUGGCGAGGAUGGAAUUGAAAAGGAGAUUCUCAUUCAAGAUGAGCUGAAGACUCUUGAAGAAGCUGAAAUUUUGUUCCUUAAACAAAAGGCAAAAAUUCAGUGGAUUAAAAAUGGUGAUAAAAACACUAAAUUCUUUCACUAUAUGCUCGUUUUUAAGAACAAGAGAGACACCAUUCGUGUGCUUAUUGAUGGAAAUGGCAAUCACUUGGAUUCUUUCGAUGCUAUGUCUAAGGAACUUACUUCCUCUUUCUCCAACUUUCUUGGAUCUAUUGACAACAGUGUUAAAAACAUUGAUCUUUCUUCCCUUAAAGAGCUGCUAAAUUAUUCUAUUCCUCUUGAUGCAGCUUCUGUUCUUGUUAAGGAUAUUCAACGUAAUGAUAAAGCCCCUGGUCCAGAUGGUUAUUCUCCUUGUUUCAUUAAGAAGGCUUGGUCUAUUGUGGGAGAAGAUGUCUUGGCUGCUGUAAAGCAUUUUGUCCAUAGCAACUAUAUGAAUCAUGGUUUUAAUUCCACUGUCAUUGCUCUUCUUCCUAAAGUUCCAAAUCCUCAAGCUGUUAAAGAUUUCAGACCCAUCUCAUGUUGUUCAAUCUUUUACAAAGCAAUCACAAAAAUUUUAGUUAAAAUAUUGUCUGAAUUUCUCCCUGAUUUCAUCUCUUUAAACCAGACUACUUUCAUCAAUGGUAGGAGUAUUAUUGAUAAUACCCUCCUCGUCCAAUAA